UAUUUGUCAGAGUUCAGAAUCUCUUCCGACUUUCUCUCUCGAUUCUCUCUCUUUCUCUCGAUUCUGAGUUUCCAUUUCGUGGUCGGUUAAUGUGAGCAAUUUCAAGAGGGAAACUGGAUUGUAAGCAACAAUUUUGCUUUUUAUACUCGUUUUGCACUAUUAACAAACGAUUUUGGUUCAUACAUAUUAGCAAGUUCAGUGUUUCUUUCGAGUACGACUUGUGGCGGAGGCUACGAAAUGCAAGAUAUCCACUCAAUUGGCGGCGGAGGCCGGUUAUUUAGCGGCGGAGGUGGAGACCGGAGGCUGAGGCCGCAUCACCAGCAGAACCACCAAGCAUUAAAGUGCCCCAGGUGCGACUCACUUAACACCAAGUUUUGCUACUACAACAACUACAACCUCUCGCAGCCACGCCACUUCUGCAAGAGCUGCCGCAGGUACUGGACUAAAGGCGGCGUCCUCCGCAACGUCCCCGUAGGCGGUGGCUGUCGCAAGACGAAGCGUUCCAAGCCCAAACAAACCACCUCGACGGCAGAUACUACCACUACCUCAACUAAUACAGCAACCACCACUGCUAGUACGACGCCAAUACCACCGCCGCCGCCGCAGCAGCAACAACAACCAGAGCGGAAAUUGUCAAAUUCUCAUUCUAGCAGCGAAAGCUCCAGUCUGACCGCCACGAAUACCACAACGGCUAACAUUGGUUUAGAAGCAGUUUCCGCGCAUUCUUCGAGCUCAGCCUCGAAUAAUAUACUGAAUGGUGUUGGUGAAUCUAAGGUAUUUGCACAUGCCAACAUAAAUCCGAGCUUUGAGCCUGGGUUGCUAGAGCAAGGAUCGGACUGUGGGAUCUUCUCAGAGAUUGGAAACUUUACAAGCUUAAUUACGUCAACAAAUGAGCAGUUGCCCUUUGGAUUUAGUAGCAUACUGAAUCAACAGAGUCUUGAACAUGUGCAACAGAACCAGAAUCAGCAGUGGCAACAUCAGCAGCAGAAGAUAGUGGGUGUGAGUGGGGAGGAGAUGAAGAUGCAGGAGAUGGCGGGAGGGUUGAUUGAUCAGACGGUUCACCUAGAGUUAUCAGCUCUGCAGAGUAGUAGAUCAGGAAAUGGGGAGUUUGGACCGUUGGAUUGUCUGGGUACUGGAGAUCAAGGUUUGUUUGAUCUUCCUAACGCCGUUGAUCAAGCUUACUGGAGCCAGAGUCAGUGGACUGAUCAAGAUCCCCCCAGUCUCUAUCUCCCUAAACCAAAACACUCACAUUAGCAUGUGCCACGUCAUCGAUAUUGAAGCUAAUAUGGUGGCCUCGCGACGAUAAAUUACACGGUGGAUUGGGAAUUGAUCGGUUGCAAAACUUUGCAAUGAGAGAGACUGUACGGAUUAUAGUGUGGGAGUGUACCAGUCGGUAGGCGGGGUCCACAUGCAUAGUGACUAGUCCCAUGCGUGAUAAUGACUCCACGUGGCGAUGGUAGGAAGAGGGGGGCAAUGGGUCUUAAUGCCGGAGACCACGUGGGUUAAGUUGAUUGGGCAACACCUAUGAAGUCGGUUUGUCGUGGCUCUCUACUGUGAUGAGGUUGUGGAUAAAGUAGAGCUAGUGAGUGCAGGCAGAACAGGGUAGAUUGAAAGGGACAGGGAAAUGUGAGUGAAUGUGAAAGUGCGGAUGACGUGGAUUCGGCAAGUGGGACAGAGAUUAGGUGGGUGGUGGUUUCUGCUUACUGGUAAACUGUGGGGGUGGGGGCCACGGGGGCAUGUGCAGGGAAGUGUGUCUCAUCGACCGUACGAGUCACGCAUUUGGUGGGCAUGACUGUGAGCGAGUUUUACGUGACACACAUUCGGUGUGUUUUGUUUGAUGAAGAAUGAUGAUGAUGGACAGAAUGGCCAUGUUGUUUAGGGCAUUCAUGACGAGAGCUCAGAGGUUGCUGCUCAGUGUGAUUACUCGCAAGGAUAUAGCUAGCGUGUCUGUUUAAUUUCCUGUGCAAGUUAUAUAAUGCAUGCCUGUGAGAAUUAAUGGGUUCGUAGUACUGUGUGUGACAUUGCUGCAUGCUCUCUAACAGUCUCUCUAGUCUGGUGUAGGUAGGGCGGGGUCGGGGUGAUGAGGAAGUGGUCCAUUCCAAUGGGUGACAACUGAAAAAAAUGGUGCUGAAAUUUCAAGUGGUCCUUUUGAGCUAGACGAGGUUCAGGCCCAUGAAUUAUUGACCAGGGGCGAAAAUAGGUUUUGAAUUUGGCUGUAGAUAAAGGUUUAAGGGCUUUAAUUGAUCCUAAACCUUGUAUGGAGAGUUGAUUUUGAUCUUCUUUUUAAUUUUGAAAUGGAAUCAAUGGUUGGGUCUGUUGAUUCAAUUUUUUAA